UCCAUGUGACAGAGAGUGGGGUCCCCACCUCCAAGCGCCGCUCGACUCUGUCCGGGCCCCUAGAACUGUGCACUGUUUCGGCGCCAACAGAUAGCAGGCCGGGAACCUUGGGUGUGCGGUCGUGCCGCCGCCGAACUUGGCGUGCAGAGCGAAUUGCCGUCGCCGGGCGGGUGCCUGAGGGACCCGGCGGCGAGAGGCGGAGCGGCGGGGCGAGCGCGGAUUUCUGUCAGCGCCGGCGCCCCGGAGCGCGGAGACAUGAACGGCUUCACGCCCGAGGAGAUAAGCCGCGGUGGAGACGCCGCCGCCGCAGUGGCCGCCGUGGUCGCAGCAGCGGCCGCCGCCGCCUCGGCGGGGAACGGGACCGGCGCGGGCUCCGGGGCCGAGGUGCCCGGCGCCGGGGCGGUCUCGACAGCCGGGCCCCCGGGAGCUGUGGGGCCGGGCCCUGGGCAGCUGUGCUGCCUGCGGGAGGACGGCGAGCGCUGCGGCCGGGCGGCGGGCAACGCCAGCUUCAGCAAGCGGAUCCAGAAGAGCAUCUCCCAGAAGAAGGUGAAGAUCGAGCUGGACAAGAGCGCAAGGCAUCUUUAUAUAUGUGAUUAUCAUAAAAACUUAAUUCAGAGUGUUCGAAACAGAAGAAAGAGAAAAGGGAGUGAUGAUGAUGGAGGUGAUUCACCUGUUCAAGAUAUUGAUACUCCAGAGGUUGAUUUAUACCAAUUACAAGUAAAUACACUUAGGCGAUACAAAAGACACUUCAAGCUACCAACCAGACCAGGACUUAAUAAAGCACAACUUGUUGAGGUAUAUAUGAGUUUUAAGCUAUUUAAACUAGAGUUCGUUUGCACAAACAAGGGAUGA